AGCUCUUUACACCCUCGUCUUCUUCGGGGCGAUUGAAAGACGCGCGUAGCUUCCCGAAGCUCAAGUGCACCGUCGGAAACCCGUUUUAUCGACCAACUACCGAAGAACGCGCAUCGAUUCAAGACGACGCGCACGGGAGAACUGUUGGAGCCUCACCGGAGCUCUACCGCAAUGUUUCGCGACGCGACCAUUUCUCCCGAUCGCAAUGGCCCUUCCACUACCCCAGCAGGGCCUCCACCAGGACGCUCGUUAUCCUUUGUACCAUCCUCCACUCCAGCAGGUCCACCACCGGCUCGUCUCAACUUUGGCAUUACCCGUUUGAAUCCCUCCAACCCCGGGAGCUUCAAUUUCAACCGAACCGACUUCAACAGCUCUCCUCCCAAAACCGAGUUAACCGGCGUCGGGAGUGGUCUCUUCCACGCACCCACGUCACCGCGACCAACUUCCCAGCGUGGGAAGACCACCAGUGGCUUCCGCGUUCCCAGCAGUCCUCCGGAUGAUGAGGAGGAUGACGAAGAUGCAGAGGGCUCCGAGGAGGCAGACGAGGACAUGGAGGACGACGCCCAGGAGGGGGAAGAGGAAGAGGAGGAGGAGGAUGAUAUGGCCGAGGACGAGGAAGAUGCUUUACACGGUCAGCACUAUGACAUUCGGUCGCGCGGCAAUCCUCGGCUUUCUCAAUCGAUAAUGUCUCGAAACAGUCUCACGGACGAUGUUCUAGUUGCUCCGAUGGUCCGAGCUGGAGUCAAGCAAUCGCAGUACGAUCUAACCAACAUGGCCAAAGGCCUUACCUCCAAUGUUGAGCGACCGACUUUGCGAGAGCCCGAUGACGUGAUCCUGGCGAUUGAAGAGCUGCUAGAAAAGUUGCAUGAGUCCUUCAUUUCGGAUGCUCCAGAACGCCGGACCGCACUGCUCUGUGAAGCUUCUCGAGAGCUGCUGGCUGUGUUGGAAGUUUCGGCAAAUGCAACCAGAGAUCAGUCCUUAAUCGACGCACAUGAAUUAACGAGUCUUCUUCUCAGUAUCCAUCAUCCUACCCCCAUUCUUCAUCAAGAUCAACAAUCGUCGUUGUCCCUUGUGGCCCGGCGGUCGGAACCCGCACGCUAUACUCCCAUCCCGCGCGUUUUACUGGACUGGCUGAACAAAUUCACGCCAGCUCUAUCUGAAGUUGCCUUGGUUAUGCGAGAGAAGGAAGGGUACUCGGCCCACGAGGCGUUUUGGGAUGCAGUCCUGUUCUCCGUGGUACGAGGCAACUUUGCGGACGCCCUAAGGUUGCUCAAAGGUGCAAAUUUCGCUGUGGCAGAAACAGCCGCAGCCGAUGGGCUAGGAGACGAUGGCUAUAGUGGCGACCAUCUCUAUAACACAAAUCAGGUUGUACACGCGGCAAUAGAGCUCCUCCACGAAUGCCCUGCUGUAGCAUCUGACGACUGGGAUAUCAGGGGUCACGAAUGGAGUAUAUUUAGAAAACGAGUACAACUGGCUAUGAAAGAUCUACAGGAAUACGCCGAGGGAAGCAGCCAAAGUCGGCACAGUAUCUCGCAAAAUUUCGAAGCCCAACACUUUGGGCUGUCUCAAUCCCAAAAUGACUUCAACCUAAGUGUCGCCAGUCGCAAAGCUGAGAGCAGAGUGCCCUGGUCCAUAUACGAGAAUUUGAGCCGGCUGUAUCGACUGCUCUUGGGCGGAGAAGAGGAUAUCAUGGCAGCAGCUGGAGAUUGGUUGGAGGCUGUGAUAGGGCUCACGGUUUGGUGGAAUGGGGAUGAGGAGGAUAUACCGCAAGGGUCAUUUGCUGCGAGCCGCCGUUCCGUGGCGCGGUCCUCGCAAAGGGUGCGUGACGUGGAUGUGACACCGAUAAAGGCCUACUGUGAUCGCCUGGCGGCCUCCUUUGCAGCUGUUGUCGAGAGCAAGGAGGAGGAGUUCGGUAUCGAUCCCACAGACCGCGUGGAAGUUGCCUUAGCAUGCGUCCUUGAUGGCAAUAUCGAAGGAGCAUUGCACAUUUUACGUAGCUGGUCUUUACUUUUGGCAUCUGCUGUGGCAGAAGUGGCCAGUAGUGGAGACUGGUUCCGCCGUCCAGGUGGCAUCAUGGACCAGUUCGAUGAAAGCGACCUUAUGGUGCUCAGUUACAACAAUGAGCAGCCACGGACAGGCCUUUCCAAGGACGACUUGUUGAUCUCAUACGCGGAUCAAUUGGCUUCAAGAGACGUUUUCCGCACUGCGGACGACAAGACCGUACGGGAGGGUUGGGAAAUGGCAGUCAGAGUUCUGGAACGACUAGAUGACCAUCAGCGUCGAGACUCACGGAUCGACACUAUUCUCCGCGACCUCAAGCUUGACUCGUCAGAACGCGUUGACAAGAUUACCCAACUGUGUCACAGCAUGGGCCUGAUUAAACAUGCCCGAAAUAUCGCGCUGAGUUAUGCCGAGCGUCUUCGGAACAGCACGCAGAAUUACGGCGACACGCUAUUGUAUUAUGCACGUGCACAUCAGACGGGCAAGAUACAAGAGGUCCUCCGCGUGCUCGUGGCUCACUGCUUGGUAAAAUCCAUAGCAUAUCCGCCGUCCGCCGAGCUUGACGAGAGCCUCAAAGCCCUGAUAAUGUCACCAAAGCAGACGCUCACGAAGCUUGCGUCAUUGGACGCAGAUGCUGCACAUAUGCUGUCGAACCACCUCAGUGGUUACGCCACGAUUCGGAGGUUCUAUGAUCUUCGGGAUGAGUGCAUUCUCGCAACUGACGGACAGAAGCCAGCACAUAGACCUAUGGCUAGGAAACGUGCCGCAGCCAACGCUUUGAUGGUCAUCAUCUCCAGUGCAGCUUCCAGUAUUCGAGGAGGGCUUUACGACCCCGAAGUGGAGACUGUGGUGCAGGUGGAUGUGUUGCUUCCUCUUCUCGGGGAAGCCCUCCUUUUUGUCAAUCAGAGCAAACGCACACUCACUCUGGAACACUUGUACUCGCUUUUGGCAGCAGUGGAAGACCUGGACACGGCUCCGAGCAUGAUUCGCGCACAGUGCGAAGAAGUGCUCUCCACGACCCUCACGGCAGCCCACGAUGGUCGAGCGCCGUCGUCUCGUUCCCUAAUGCAGAAGUCUACUUCCAAUUUGACUACGGCUUCCAGUCAAUACUCUCUAAUCGGCAGCACCGACUUUGGCUCUAUCGAAGGGCAGAGCACAGAUAGCAGCACGGUGCUGGUAAAAGGUGGUACAGUCGAUGACGCAAAGAGGGCCUGGGAUUGGAGAAAGGGGUUCGACAAAGACGCGAAAGGGAGCGAUGUCAUCAGGGUAUUAAGGUUAGGGAUCGCAAGAGAAAUGGCGCGAGCUUUUGCAGAGGGUGGAUAUAACCACUGAUGGAGCUGUAUAUUAAUGAUACCACAUUGAGGAGCUUGGGAAAGGGCAUGAAAUGCGUCUAAGGCAACGGCGUCACUGCAUUGGUUAUGGCGCUUUUCUCUUAAGCUUCACUUUCCGCUCUUCUCAUCUGAUUUCCUUUCUCCUACCGUGGACCGAAACGGCAAAAUAUGGGACAGUCAUACUGUUCCCAACAGACUCAUUAACUUCGACUCGGCGUCGUCAGUGGCUCACUGUCGCCAAGCAGAACUCCCAACCUCGGCUCAUCUCAGCAUUCCCGACUCUCCACUUCCAACAAGCAGUAGAUGAACAUGAAGCGGCACAGGUCCGCUGGACAUUGAGAUGUAGCUUGAUCCC